ACCUGCAUUAUAACUAAGGUUCUGUAAAAUGAUUUGUUGUUGCCACGUGUGCUAUUAAGUAUUCUGUUAGGUUUGACAGAAUAUGUGUUUACAAACUAACGUCCGUUAGUUAAGUCGGUUCUUUCAAUUCAUAUAAGUAGCGGUUCACUUCUGUAUUGGAAUCAGUUUUUGAUAUGGAAUGAAAUGAGAAUCCUUCUCUUUGUUUUCCUCUUAUGUUCUUCUCUGUAAAUCUUCUCCCAGUUUGGUCCACCAUCACCAUUGCUAGGUCAAGGUAGAAAGGGGUCUAUCAAUUGGCAUCGAAGCCGAUACUUCAAGCUAUAGCCUGCGUUUCCCUUCCUACGCAUCUCACUCCUCCAUAAGCCAUGAAAAGUCAAGAAUCAUUUGUUGAUGAAAUUCUUGAAAAUCGACUUUCAAUCUGAAGCAAAAGUUGCAAAGGUGGCUGCUAGUCUUGCCAAUUUUGCCAAUUUUCAAACCUUUGUUCAUAAUAAAUUUGCUAAGUUGCCGGCAUUGAUUGAUUCGCAAAUCGAUUCAAAGCUGGACUCAUGGCGCAAAAGUGCUCAGCACAAUUCAUCUGCAAUAUCAAUUGCGCACAAGGAGUUUGAGGAAUUGCAUCAACCAGUUGUUUUACCAGGGAGUGGGGAUUUUUGUCCGUUUGAACAUGACACGAUGAUACCAUCCAAGCCUACUUGUUUGAUUGAAAUGACUGGUAGCGAUCCGAUUGUUCUUCCGCGAACCUGGCACAGACUAAAGAUUGAGGAAUCUUUGUCUUCAAAUUCUGAAACCAAAGGUUCAAGAUUUAGUGAGCACCCUUCAAAUAUUCGUGAAAUACAAGGAUAUAAAUCAGAAGAGAAAUCUAAUCAGAAUCAUGCCUUGGGUGAUGCACGCAAUGGGUUUGAAGAAAUUUCUCAACUAGGUAUGGAACUUUGUGCAACUGAUAUUAUAGACUCUGUGAAACAAGAUGUUGAAAGAGGAUUUUUUCAAUUUACUUUUGAUCCUGGUGGCUGCAAGUCUGUUCCUUUAAUUAUGGGGCAGUAUAAUUGUAAGCAAAAUCUGUGUGUUUUGCCUUUAGAUGGUUGUGGCAUUGUUUUGAGGAUUCAAUGGCUAACUACUGUUAGUCCAGUGGUGUGGGAUUGCCAACCAUUACAAAUAGAGUUUUUAGUAGAAGAUUAAGUCAUAUUUGCUGCAGAGUGUUAAUCGAAAUGAACCAUUGAUUCAAGAAGAAUUUUUUCAGCAAAUUGAUAAAGAUAUGCAAGGCACCAGUAUAGGAAUGUUGUUGUACUCUCAAGAAUUAGUGGAAUUGACAGAUAGUGAGUCCACACUCACCCCUGUACAAAGGGAGAAAUUGCGGUCUUUGCUAACAACUUAUGAUUUCAUCUCUCAAGUGCCAUCAUCACUGCCCCUUGCCACGAUACAUGAUCACAGAAUAUCUUUAGUGACCGGGGCUAAACCACCUAGUAAGAAGCCUUACCAUCAGGAACCUUUGCCAAACAAGAGACGCUUGGCCAAGACUGUACCAAAAGUGAGUCUUUCUCCUCUUCCUAUUUCACUUUGGAAACCUGUUAGUGAAAAUAUUGUUACUUGGAGUGGUUUUGGUUGCAUGAAUUUUUCUUGUAUGAAUAGCAAGAAAUUUAGAAGGGAAUUUGCUUGCAUAGAUCUGACAGAGGAGUUGCAAGAAAUAAUGUCUCGGCUUGGUUUACAAAUAGUUAAUGAAGUAGGGAACACUAAUCCUUCCAUGUUGCGCAAACCUGCUGCCAAAAUUAGGCUAGAAGCUGCUCAAUAUUAUUUGCAAAAGCAAGAAUAUGGCUUUAGAUCAGAAGCUUAUUACACUCUCCAAAGCUGUUUUGAAAAACUGUCUUCCUGUGUUCAUUAAAAUACCUAUCUACAAUGUGAAUUGUGCUAUUGGAACUAUGCUCGGCCAUGAGGUGACCAAAUGUAACAACUUGAGUGGUCUUCCUGCUGAUACCAUUCCUAUCAAAUUCUCUGGAAAUGCAGGGGCACGGGCAAGGGCAGUUGUGGAAGCUAUGGAAGUGGUAAGUGAUCAUGUAUAUGAAUACAUGAUCGUUGGGACUAUUGUUGUACUUAAAAAAACUGGCAGCAAUUAUGCAGCAAGGAUUUUAUCUGAGGCUGUGGUGGAUGGACAUUUGGUUACUUGGAUUUCUUUGUUCAUUGGUUAUUGCAAGGCAGGUGAUGUAGCAAAAUCCAUGCAGCUGAAUUUUGAUGCAAGACCAACUAUGGAGUCCUUUGUAUUGCUUGCUUAUGCUUGUGUAGGUGUGAGGUUUCCUUUUCUUGGUACGCAACUACGUACUCAGUGGAUAGUUGAUGGCUUGGAGCCCAAUGAUUAUGAUGGCUGGUUAUCAAAGAUUCUUGUUCACAUGUACACAAAGGGUGGUGUUAUGGUUUCUGUAUGUCCUAGCAUUUGGCAUUUACCCAAUUUUACUGGAGGGAACAUAAUGAGGAUGACACUUGAAGCUCAUGCAAGAUUGUACCUUGCUAAUGAUGUUGAUUUUCCAUUCGAUCCUAGAGGAUUCGAUUAAUAUUUUAUCAACACUUGUCCUGGAAUUCAGUUGUGAGGGUCCCAGUUUUAUAUCCUUGAGGACAAGGAUGAUUUUCAGAAGGGGGUAUUGAUAAGAACCUGCAUUGUAACUAAGGUUCUGUAAAAUGACUUGUUGUUGCCACGUGUGCUAUUAAGUAUUCUGUUAGGUUUGACAGAAUAUGUGUUUACAAACUAACGUCCGUUAGUUAAGUCGGUUCUUUCAAUUCAUAUAAGUAGCAGUUCACUUCUGUAUUGGAAUCAGUUUUUGAUAUGGAAUGAAAUGAGAAUCCUUCUCUUUGUUUUCCUCUUAUGUUCUUCUCUGUAAAUCUUCUCCCAGUUUGGUCCACCAUCACCAUUGCUAGGUCAAGGUAGAAAGGGGUCUCUAUCAGUUUGCCUCUCCAGUUGCUGCCUUAUUUUGCUUUUCUGGCCCUCCUAAGGUCAAUUUACACUUGGACAGUAGUGCGUCCAAAUUGAGGAAGAAAAUGCGCAAAGUUGAAGUUGACGGAACACAAAAUGGGUUUAGUGAUAGCAAUCCUUAUGGGAGGUAGGGAGGCGAAGACGAUAAAAGACAAUUUGUAAGGUAUUGGCAGAAUAAUUGCUUGGAGUUCACACAUGAAUCUACACUAAUUUUGUCCCAGUAAUUUUAGUUUCUAGUUCAGCAACUUCCUGAGCAACUCGACUCUCAAAAUUUGUUUUCUUACCAUUUUUGUUUGUUCUCUCAGUGAUGGUAGCAAUGAAAAAAUGUAUAAAAGGGGUUCUGAUAAUGGUCGUUUGAUGUUGUUGAUAGUUUUUUUUUUCACUUGUGAACAGCCUGUAUGUUGACAUACUCUAUGGAUUCUAAGCAAGAGAUUUACAGUAUUGAUUAAGGCUAUGUGUGCCGUA